GUUCACUUAAAAACAUAUAAAAGGUCCAAAAAAGAGAAACAACUAUAAAUCCAGAAAACAAACAACUUUUCCGGCUAAAAAGUGAUGUCAGGAACAGAUCAAUUCAGUUCAUCUCUUCUUCAUCAACUAGAAUCCAUCCUCGAAUCAGAUCCUUUUAUUGAUGAAGUGGGGUUUGUGCAUCCGUCACAGUUUGCUGCUAUUAGUGACUCAUCUAUGUCAUUGGAGGUUCCAUUGGAAAAUGAGGGUGAGAAUGAUGCUAGUAAUAUGGCUUUUUGGAGUAGAGAACACAAGUUAGGGAUCUCGACUCACGUGAUGCAGCCGUUAUACAUCGCUGCUAAAUGUGCGUUUAUGUCUUCACUAGAGCAGUAUAGAACGAGGAUCAGUUUACACAAGAUGAUAGUGACCUUUGAUUCAUCUUCGCUUGUCUCCAUUGAAAAUGAUGUAUUGAAGCAUAGCAAGGCACUUUUGUUGUUGAGUUGUGAUUUUGGAACUGCAUGGAAUGGCAGGAAGGAAGUUGUUGUAAAAAAGCAGGAUGUUAUACUAUAUCUUGAUGAGCUCAAGUUUUCAAGUUUGGUUCUUUCAUAUUCACCAAAAAGUGAGCGUGCUUGGAGCCAUAGGCGAUGGGUGAUCAAGAUGAUAGCGGGCAAGUAUACAGAUCUGCAUGAGGUUUUGAGUAGUGAAUCUGAACUAGCCAAAAGAAUAGCAGAGAAGUCAAAGAUGAACUACCGUGCAUGGAAUCAUCGUUGUUGGUUAGUUUCAUACAUGUCUAAAAGUCAGGUAGUUGAUGAGUUAGUUAAAUAUCGUGAUUGGGCUGGAUUACAUGUUGCUGAUAACUCUUGCUUUCACUAUCGAACGCGGUUAAUGACCAGGACAUUAGAAGAUUCGUGGCAUAAAGAAGAUUCAAAAGCUACCCCUGCACAUAUUCCAGAAGUUUCUCAACUUUGGAAGGAAGAGCUUACGUGGAGUGAGAUUUUACUCAAACGUUACAUAGGAAGAGAGGCGUUAUGGCUUUAUCGUCGUUUCCUAUCACUGUACUGGAUAAAGCAUUUUGCGGGUCAUAUGGGUGAGACCCACGUGGAUCUAUUUGUGGAUAGUGAAUUACAACUCUUCCGUUCAUGUACGACCAUUCCGGAUAAUGUUUUUGAGGAUUUCCAGUCACAAGCAAUGUUCGCUGCUACUUACAUGAUGUGGUUGAUUACGCAAAUGGAUGAACCUCAAAGUGUGGAGACUCGAGAUAAGGUAGGAAAAGAACUAGAAGAAGUAUUGACCAAGGUAUUCCCUGAAAAGGCUUUUCUUUGGGAUCUUGUGAGGGCUAAAAGCGGAGGCCUGAUAGGUGUAUGAAAUGUUUCUUAUUAGCUUGUAAUGCCAGUGCAAGGUAUAAGUCGUUGAUAUUCAGUUCAGUUUGGGAUUCAUUCGUGAUUCUGAAAUGAUAACAUUAAUAAAUUGAAUGAAGAUAAAGGAAAUAUUGGAGAUAGUGAAAGAAGAUUUACAAA